AUGUCUGAUCACGAGUUUGGAGCAAAUGACGACCUGUCGCUUCCAAAGGCCACGGUCCAGAAAAUCGUCACAGAGAUUCUCCCGCCCGCUAACGGCGUGGCGUUCGCAAAGGAGGCUCGGGAUUUGUUGAUCGAGUGCUGCGUCGAGUUUAUUACGCUCGUCUCAUCCGAGGCCAACGAAAUCUCAGAGAAGGAGGCAAAGAAGACCAUCGCGUGCGACCACAUCACGAAGGCCCUGGAACAGCUCGGGUUCUCCGAGUACGUGUCAGCGGUCAUCGAGGCCGCAUCGGAGCACAAGGAACAGCAGAAGGGACGGGAGAAGAAGCUCAACAAGUUCGACCAGAGCGGUCUGUCCAUGGAGGAGCUCGAGAAGAUUCAGGCAGAGCAGUUCGCCGCGGCUGCUGCACGGCACAAUUAA